GGAGGAUGGUGGCAGCAGCAACAGGAGGAAGGCAGCGCCCCAGCCCCCAGGAACAGCCCCAGCCCCCAAGUGGGGGGUCUCCGGGAGAGAUCAGAUGCGAAGACACCCUCUCGAUCUGCAGCAAAUUGUGCUAUGGCAUUGGAGGAGCCCCAAACCAAGUUGCUAGCAGCGCUGCUUCAUUCUUCCUUCAGAUCUAUCUCUUAGAUAUAGCUCUGAUCACUCCACUGCAUGCUUCCUUGGUGCUCUUCAUUGGCAGAGCAUGCGGAGCAGCCGCAGAUCCUAUUGCAGGUUAUUUUAUUAAUAAAAGCAAAUGGACUCAAAUUGGCCGACUCAUGCCUUGGUUACUGGGUUGCACACCCUUUCUCGUUGUGUCCUAUUUCUUACUAUGGUACUUACCUCCCUUCAUAUCUGCAAGAGUUGUAUGGUAUCUGGUUUUCUACUGCCUUUAUCAAGCACUGUCUACAUUGUUCCAGGUAUCAUAUUCCUCCCUCACAAUGUUUCUCACCACGGAGCAGAAGGAUAGAGACUCUGCAACAGCUUAUAGGAUGACAUUUGAAGUUCUAGGCACCUUGGUUGGAGCUGCACUCCAGGGGCAAAUAGUUGCCAGCGCUCAUGCUCCUGAUCACUGCCAAUACAACCAUUCCAUAGAAAGUUCGUACUCCACCAGUCUACAAGAAAACAUUUCCAUCAUCCACGACCUGCCUCAUGGAAGAAAACUCUACAUGAUCGCAGCAGGAACAAUAGGAGGGAUAUACCUUGUUGGCAUCACUGCCCUUUUCUUUGGAGUGAAGGAAAAAAUUGACCCAUAUGCCUUGAAAACAGACCGAAGAAUUUCUUUCUUCGGUGGACAUAAGCUGGCAAUGAAGUAUGGGCCGUAUGUGAAGUUCACUGCAUCAUUUCUCCUGAUCUCAACUGCUGUCCAGCUUGAACAAAGCAACUUUGUCCUCUUUUGUACCCAUGCAGCUGAUCUUCAUAGCCACUUUCAGAACUUAGUAGUGACAAUUUUGGUAUCAGCAACACUGAGCAUUCCUUUCUGGCAAUGGUUUCUCAGGCACUUUGGCAAAAAGAGUGCAGCCUGUGGGAUAUCGUGGAUGAUCCCUUUUACGAUAAUGCUGGUGACGAUCCCAAAUGUGUUCCUUGCCUACAUGGUGGCUUUUGUAUCUGGGCUGAGCACUGCAGCAUCAAUGCUGUUGCCAUGGUCCAUGUUGCCUGAUAUAGUUGACCGCUUUCGAGUGCAAAAUCCUCAUUCCGUCGGACAUGAGACCAUUUUCUAUUCUUCAUAUGUUUUUUUCACCAAGAUAUCAUCUGGGAUUGGAUUGGGGAUUUCCUUCUCGACUCUAGAUCUUGCAGGUUACAAAUCAAGGGCAUGCAAGCAGUCCAGCAGUGUUGUUAUCGUGCUAAAAGUCUUGAUCGGUGCCAUUCCAGCCAUCCUCAUUCUAUUAGGCUUAUUUAUACUAUAUUUCUAUCCAAUUAAUGAGAAGAGUCGAAAAGAAACGAAGUAUGCCCUUGAAAAUCUAAGGAGGAAUUAUCCAAGCAUUGAAAUGCUCCCAGAAAAUGAAGAAAACACAUCAAUGUGAAAGCCUGAACAGAAAAAGCUGCUAGCAACCAAAAUCUGAUCGGUGAAUGAAAGCAUAUUUGUUUUACCUCAAUUUAGCUUUGUCUCAAACCACAUUUAUCUAAUGCCUGCCAUAGAUGUGGGAGAAAUGUCAGGAGAGAUGCUUCUGGAACAUGGCCAAACAGCCCAGGAAACUCACAGCAACCCACUGUUUCAAAGUGCUUGAAUAAAGGACUUCACUGCAGUAUACCGCAUCCUCCUAACAAAAAAUCUGCAGUGAAAAAUACCACUCCCAAGACAAAAUAAAGUGCACAGCCCAACUUUACCAAAUAUU